AUAGUCUUUGCACCAUGUAAAAGCAUUUCCAAACUUUGUUUCUUUUCUACAGGUUAACAUGCCUCCCAGAGGGCCCCCUCCAUUCCCAGGGUCACCUCUCUUUGGUGCCCCUUUGGGAAGUCCUGUGCCACCACCCACUCGAUAUGGACCACCUCCUCCACUGAUCGGGCCUUUUGGGCCUCGGCCAGUUCCUCCACCAUUUGUUCCAGGCAUGGGUCCACCACUAGGCAUAAGAGAGUAUGCACCAGGUGUUCUGCCUGGGAAACGGGAUCUGCCUGUUGACCCUCGGGAGUUUUUACUAGGACAUGCACCAUUUAGACCUCCGGGUUCACUUGGUCCAAGAGAGUAUUUUAUUCCUGGUGCCCGUUUACCACCUCCAACUCAUGGUCCUCAGGACUACCCGCUGCCACAACCUGCUGCAAGAGACUUACUGCCUCCUGGCCCAAGAGAGGAAGCCCCACCUGCCUCUCCAAGCAGUGUCCAAGACAGCUCAUCGGCUCAAAACCCAUCCCUUAACUUUGUUUGACCUCUAUCACUGAGUCAGAACGAGAGAACGAGAGUGGACAGUGCAUUGUUCAUUAUAGCAAUGAAUUUCAUUGGCUUUAAUAUCUAAAAGUUUCUUAUACAGAGUUUGUUUUUAGUACUAAGCUGCUUUGGCAGUGUUUUUUUGGGCCAAACAAAAAAUAUUAUUCUCUAUUCAUAGUAAAAAAAAUAAUCACAUGUUAAGCUAAUGUCCUUCCAACUUGAAAUGUACAAAAAAGAAAUACCUGUGUCUAGUUUAUGUAGCAUAUGCAAUUGCUCAUGAUUUAGAAUAUCCUAAAGUAUUAACAUUUCCUGUAGAAAUAAAACGUGUACUCAAGGAUCACAAACUCGUCUUUGUUGCUAAAGUUCUUUGUAGUAAUAGUUCAUAAACUUUGUUUAUUAGUAUUUUC